AUGGAAAGUGUUUUAUGCCACGGCGAUUUGUGGUCCAUGAACGUUUUAUGGAGACCGAGUGGGAAUGGUCUAUACAUGGCCGCUGUUGUGGACUACCAAACAGCCCAUUUCGGUUGUGCAGCAACCGAUCUUGUGCGGGUACUGUGUGCAUGUCUCAGCGGCAAGGAUCGGCAGGAACAUUGGGAACAGCUCCUGGAAGAGUUCUACGGCUAUCUCAAAGAAGAAGUUAGCAACAGAAAAAUGCCCUACACCCUUGAUCAGCUCAAAGAAGCUUAUCGCCAAUACUUCCCCAUUGGUGCCUUCAUGAUAGUGCCCAUGAUAGGACCAUUUUUUCGAGAUGAUCUGCAAGGUAUGCAAGUUGUCAUGGAAAAAACCGAGUGCGUGCUUGAGGACAUUUUCUAUUUUCACGAAAGAAACAUGAAGCUCCGAAAAGGACAAAAAGUUGCCAAGAAGUGUUAG